CACGAAGGAAGAAAAGGGAGGGAAAAGUAUCGGGGAGGCGUUCCAACCUGCGCCAACCGGUCUCAGGUGUUCGAGUGUGUCGGCAGCAACCUUUCUCUCGCCGCUCCAGUUUCGACCCUCAGUCUCUUCUCAGUCUUCACAGCAGGCGGUUGGGAUUAGAACCUGCUGCAACAUGUUCGCCAAAAUGCGGGUAGCGGCCUUGUGUCUCCUGUGGCUGCCUUGCGUGCUGUCUCGCCCCGCCGAGGAGGCCGCAUCAAAACUCACGUCCUCGGAAGUGGACUCAGUCAAGGUCAAGGAGAUCAAACCUGACGACGAGCGGCCGCGGAGGUCUCCCCAACAGUGGGGCUUUCAAGUCAUAGACCUCGGGAACCCCUUCGGCUUCCUCGCCAAAGACAACGAGAUUCCCUUCCAGACCCGAGACAAGUUCACGCCUCCCGAACACACGUCGAAGGAGGUCCGUGAGCGCAUGUACGCCUUCGUCUUGCAGCGCGACGUCCCUCCUCACGUCCACAUAAUCCUCGAGGACGAGCCUUACUUCGGCACCUUCGACCACGCCAAGGCAAUCCUGCGGCUUCAGCAUUAUCGAAAAACGAACGACCUCACGCCUCACAUGCUCAAGAGUCUCCGGCCUUUCUUCCCCUUCUACAGCAGCAACUGAUCGGCGAUCGAAGGCUUCUGUUGCCUCGGUCUGGAAAGCAACUUAUCAUGAUUAAGUCGGGAAUUAGGAGAAGAGAUGUGUAUUUUUUUUAUUAUCCUUUCGGUACUGUAUAGAUAUGUGUACAAACGUGUGUUUAUUAAUGGUUCAGAUAAGAUAGCCUGAUCACUAGAACGGCAGGAGAACCAGCUGCUUGAAUAGCAAGGAGCCUCAUAGGUAUCUCCCCUGUCAUCUCAUUUUCAGUUCAGAAAAAAAGUACGAGCAAGUCAGUUGUAAAGCGUAAAUUCUACUGAGAGUAUUUUCCUCUGCUUGUUAUCAUUAUAGUGAAUAUAGGAAGCAUGUUUUUCACAAUAACAUUCCCCUUUACUAACACACACUCCAGGGAGCGAUUGCCUGUAUAUAUGUGUAAUUGAUCAAUGUCUCACCUCCUUCAUAUUCCAUCCAUAUGCUGUUAAUCUGCACCGCACUUUGUUUUACGACUUGUCUGGAUUAAAACUUUAUAAUUCAUCAAUUAUGGAAACAGUAUAUAUAACAGUAUAUAU